AUGAGGAGAAGGAGGAGGAUAAGAAGGAGAAAAAGAAGAAGGAGGCGGAGGAGUAGGAGGAGGAGUAGGAGGAGGAGUAGGAGGAGUAGGAGGAGAAGGAACAGGAUGAGGAGGAGCACGAGAAGAAAAAGAAGAAGUAGGAGAAGAAGGAGAAGAAAACGAAGGAAGAGGAGGAUAAGAAAAAGAAGGAGAAGGAGGAGGAGAAGGAGAAGGAGAAGGAGGAAAACGAUAGAAGAAGGAGGAGAAGAAGGAAAACAAGAAGGAGAAGAAUCAAAACAAGGAGAAAAUGAAGAAGAAGCAGGAUUAGGAGAAGAAGAAAAAGCAGGAAUAAGAGGACAAGCAGGAAAAGGAGGAGGAGAAAGAGGAGAAGGAGAAGUGGAGGAGGAGAUGAAGGAAAAGUAG